CCUUUACCUCUCUGGCGCUCUCCCUCCCUCUCUCUCUCUCUCAGUCUCUCUCUGGUGUCAGACUCAAUAUCAUAUACUUUUGCUAGUCUCAAAAAAGAAUUAUUUUUUCCGGUUCUCUUCUUUAUAUUUUGCAUUUCCUUAACUUUUUUUUUCGUUUCAAAAACCAGAAAUCAGUGUCGUAAAUUCACUUAAAAAGCAUUGUUACUGUUUCACAAGUUAUUUUAUUCUGCAUAUAACAAAGCUUACGGUUUUGUUUAUUUAAAGCAUUUCUACUGGUUUUGUCUUUAACUUAGAACACUGUUUGAAUUCGAGCUGGAAUAAUAUAAACCCAUCUCUCAAAAAAAGAAAAGAAAACAAAAUGAUAGAUUUGUGCGGUUUUGUAGGUCCUUUUUUUUUCAGUUUCCUGUGCUAAAAUCAGAUCUUUAUGAGUUGGAUUUGGUAGAGUGAAAGAAGAGCUCCAAAACAAGAAAAGUUACUUCGAGUGUAUAGUGCAUUAGUGCUUUUCCAACUCUCGUAAGUCCCAACCAUAAAAAUAGAGAGAUCCUUUACUUCCUUGGUUCAAAACCGGAAUUUGAGUUCGGAAUGCCAGUGCCUCGAGUAGUUACAGCAAUCCAUCUCAAAGAGACCUCUUAUGUUUCUCUUUUUCCUUCUCUUUUAGACAGUUUUCAGGAAUUCCACUCUUGACCUCUCCUGUGGGAAAACGGAGGAUCAUCUCUAAACUUUAAGAUUUAUUAUUUGAUUGCUUGCCUUUUAAUCUCCAAAACCAUGGCGAUAUUUCUGAAAAAAAAGUUGUCUGGUGCUUCUCUCUUUUGUUUUUCUAGCUCAGAGCCACUGACAAAAUACUACUCGAAAGGUUGCUUUCUGGUAGUUUAAUUUGUCCUUCUCUAAACCAAGUUGGUUUCGAGUUAUGUUUUCUCGUUUCGACGACCAGAAACAGAUUGCAGAAAACUAUCGCUUCUUUCUUCUCCCCUUAUACAAGCUCUAAUAAGGCUGCAACUGCAUCUGGUUUACUGCUUUUAGGUUGAGAACAAAAGCUGCCUCUGACGAUCCCUUCGUGGGAUUUUCUGGUUCCGAUUUUGGGAGAUGAAGAAUCAGAUUGCAAAGCCAGAAUCUCACCUCCCCAGAUCGCUUUUGAUACUUAUGUAGUCGGAUUGAAGUGGUGAAGUUCUCUCUGUAAGUGAAGUUCAGGGUUAUGUGUUGGACUAUGGCUACUGGGCUCCAAAAUCAGGACGGAGUGCCAGAAAACCACCUCAGGAAACAGCUUGCUUUUGCUGUUAGAAGCAUUCAAUGGAGUUACGCGAUCUUCUGGUCCAUCUCAACUAGGCAACAAGGGGUGCUGGCAUGGGGUGAUGGGUACUACAACGGAGACAUUAAGACAAGGAAGACGGUACAGCCCAUGGAGCUUAACACUGACCAAAUGGGUUUGCAGAGGAGUGAGCAAUUGAGAGAGCUGUAUGAGUCAUUAUCGGCAGGUGACACUAACCAGCAGGCUAGGAGGCCUUCAGCUGCAUUAUCUCCUGAAGAUCUCAGUGAUGCAGAGUGGUAUUACUUGGUUUGCAUGUCCUUCGUCUUCAAGCCAGGACAAGGGUUGCCAGGAAGAACAUUAGCAAAUGGUCAGCCCAUUUGGUUAUGCAAUGCUCAUCAUGCUGACAGCAAAGUGUUCUCUCGUUCUCUGCUAGCAAAGAGUGCAUCCAUCCAGACAGUAGUGUGCUUUCCGUUUCUGGGUGGUGUUGUUGAGCUUGGGGUGACUGAACUGGUCUUGGAGGACCCAAGCAUCAUUCAAAACGUGAAAACUUCAUUUUUGGAGUUCCCAGAGCCCAUGUGCUCUGAGCAAUCAACUUCCAGCCCACAGAAUGUAGAUAAUGAGGAAAGCCUUGAGCUUAAACAUGAGGUGGACAACACCGUGGCUUUGGAUAAAUUUAAUCCAACACCAGAAUGUGAAAUGGAACCAGAAAUAGCUUCUCAAACAUUCCCACAAUGUCUCUCUCCCUGCAUGGCUAAAGAAGACAUUGAGCAGGAUGGGAUUGAGGAACUAGAUGCAAAUAUAUGUGAUGACAUAAAAUCCGGCUCCCCUGAUAACGGUUCAAACGAGUGCAGAGCCAAUCAACAGACUGAAGAUUCCUUCAUGCUUGAUGGUAUGAAUGGUGGGACUUCUCAAGUCCAGAGUUGGCAGGUCAUGGAUGAUGAGUUCAGCAAUUGUGUUCAUGGUUCCAUGAAUUCCAGUGACUGCAUAUCUCAAAUCUUUGUAAAUCCUCAGAAGGUUGUCUCUUCUCCAAAGGGUGAAAGAAUUAAUAAUCUUCAGCUUCAAGACCUCCAGGAAUGUAACCACACAAAACUUGGUUCCUUGGAUCUUGGAAAUGACGACCUGCACUAUUCUAGGGCUCUUUCUGCCAUCUUUAAGAACUCCCACCCAUUGAUUGUAGGACCAGGCUUCCACACUGGUAAUCAUGAGUCCAGCUUUAAGAGUUGGAAGAGAAGAGGAUUUCUAGAUGCACAGAUGGUGAAGAUUGGCACACCACAAAAGAUAUUGAAGAAGGUUUUGUUUGAAGUUGCUCAGAUGCAUGAUGGUAGCUUACUCAAGUCCCGGGAGUUAAAUACUGGUAAGGUUGGACUUUGCAAAGCGGAAGGGGAUGAUGUUGAUCUAAACCAUGUCUUGUCAGAGAGGAGGAGGAGGGAGAAAAUGAAUGAGAAAUUUUUGGUUCUGAGAUCCUUGGUUCCUUCUAUUAGCAAGGUUGACAAAGCUUCUAUACUUGGUGACACCAUAGAGUACCUAAAAGAGCUUGAGAGAAGGGUUGAAGAGUUGGAAUCUUGCAGGGAGUUAUCAGAGUUUGAAGCAAAAGCAAGAAGGAAGCAUCCAGACAUAGCAGAGAGGACAUCCGACAACUAUGGUUACAAUGACAUUUCUAAUGGCAAGAAACCUACCAUAAACAAGAGGAAGGCCAUUGAUAUUGAUGAAACAGAACCAGAGCUCAAUCAGGUUUUAUCUAAAGAUGGUUCUGCAGCAGAUGUGAUUGUCAGUGUGAUUGAUAAGGAAGUUUUGAUUGAGAUUCGGUGUACUUGGAGGGAUUGCUUGUUCUUUGAUAUCAUGGACACAGUAAGCAAUCUUCAUUUAGAUGCACACUCGGUUCAAUCGUCCACAGUCGACGGAAUUCUCACUGUAAUGCUUAAAACUAAGUUUAGGGGAGUGGCGGUUGCAUCAGCAGGAAUGGUCAAACAAGCACUUCAGAGAGUUAUCAGUAAGUGUUAGAGGAUGAUGUCUUUAGCCAGCUAGACAAUAAUUAUCAUCGGAUACCUUCCCUUCAAGGUUACUCUGAGUUUGUAGAAUUUUCUUCUCAGUUAUUAUGUAAUAUGUUAGAUGAAGGGAUCCUUUAAGAAUCAGUUUUCCCCGCCGCAAGAACUAUAAGUGUUUGGUGCUUUUUGUACACGUUCAAGUUACAUAAUUUGGGUCAUUACAAAGACA